GACGCAUUCGGCAUCUCCGUCUGCAGGGCGUGCAUCGCGUCGGACGAGGCGUAUAAGCUGAUCACCAAGACGGCGGCGAAAGAGGAGUACCUGCUGCAGGAUGCGGACUUUGCACGCCUGGGGUACAUCACACGAAAGAACCCGAGAAAGGAGGGCUGGAACGACAUGAAGCUGUAUCUGCGAGCACAGCUCAGGGACGUGUCGUACGCUCGGUUCGGAGGAGAGGAAGGGCUGCUGGUAAGGAGGAGGAUGUUUGGAGCGGGAGAGCGCAGCUGA